GAGGGAGGGAAGAAGGAGAAAGAAGGGGAACUUGGGCAGGGGGCGCAUAGUCAUUCCAAUUCUGCUGCGCUUGAAACUCCAGCUACCUUCUUUGCUUCGCAAUAACUUUACUAAAUUACUAAAAGCGUAAACCUUUUCUCGGAAACUGUAGUUUAUUUGAACGUCGGGAAAAACAACAGCAGGCUCACAGAUCCUCCUCGGAGUGUCUUGGCACAUUUACAAGAAUUAUAAAGUGAAUAGCAGCUGCUUUUGGACAUCGUUGAAAUCAAUAUAAGUGCUAUCAAUCAGAGGACUAUAGUAUCGAUGUUGAGGUGAAGACGGGUUGGAGAUACUGUCUCACAUCCCGCUAUAGCCUAACUAUGGGUCGAUAGUAUGGACUUACCCGACUCUGGAGAGGGACAGUGCAUCACGGCUGAUCGGAAUUUACUUCUCCGCUAUUCGUGUGGAAUAAAAGUUCAUUAACAAACGGGAGGAUUAUUUACGAGUUUUCACUUAAAAGUUAGUUUUUGUUGUUUCGUGUGGAGGGAUGGCGGGACCAGUUAUGUUUCUUUUCCUGUGGGUGUUGACUUGGUUCGGGGAAAUUCGGGGUGCUUCGUACCCGCAGCGGUAUAAUCUCUACUCCGGACAGACCCAGGCGCUGCCACAGAACGGCGUCCGGGCGGCAAGCAGACACAGAAACUGGUGUGCGUAUGUAGUGAAGAAGACAGUGAGCUGUGUGGUGGAGGAUGGAGUGGAGACCUACGUGAAGCCUGACUACCACCCCUGCUCCUGGGGCACGCAGUGUUCCCGUAUGGUGACGUAUCGAACGUAUAUGAAGCCGCGGUACAAGGUGGCCUACAAGAUGGUGACGGACAUGGAGUGGAAGUGUUGCCAUGGUUACACCGGAGAUGACUGUAGCGAAGGGCCGAGCGGCGGGUCGGGGACCCAGAUCGCUACAGCCAGACCCAAACCGUCCCGACCGGGACAGACUGGAACCGACACAGGUCACAGAGGACAGAGUGGGGGAGACGGGCGAGGCGACAGCGACAAAACGCGGCAGCUGGAGGACAAGAUCCAGAGCCUAACCAAGGACCUCCAGGACCUGCAGUCCACGCUGAGGGGCAUGAACGAACGCUUCCAGGAGGAGAUGCGCAAACCGGGCUUCAGUGGUGGUGGCACCAAGGCCCCAGCGGAUGCGGCCCAGCCGGAGAUUAAGGACACCAUCCACAGCAUCCAGACCAAACUAGACCAGCUGGACAACCGGACACAGGCUCACGACAAGACCUUGGUCAGCAUCAACAACCACCUGGUCAACGGGAAUGGCGGCGGUGGGAAUGAUCUUGGCGAUGGCACUGGCGACUCAUCUGGAGGCACCGGUGGGAUUAGUAGCGGGAAGCUCAACACGCUGAAAGAGGAGAUCCUGAGGGAGCUGGAGAGAAGGGUGUCUCUGUCCUGCUCCUCCUGCCAGUCGGGGGUGGAGGACCUACGGAGACAGCAGCAGGAGGACAGGGAGCGGAUCCGUGCACUGGAGAAGCAGCUGAACGCUGUGGAUGGACGAUAUCGCCAGAGCCUGGACGGCCUGCGCCGCGAGGUGACACGCUCCCAGGGCUGCUGCGAUUCUGUCACCGACCUCAAGGACAGGGUCACAGAUGCUGAAAGGAAGAUAAGCUCCAUAUCAGAGAACUAUGAUGUCAUCCAGAACCGACUGGAUAAGGAGCUGGGCAGUGGCGGUGGUAGUAAUGUAGGUGGAGGUUUCCCAGGAGGUGGAGGUGGCUUUGGCCCUGGAGGUGGUGGUUUUGGCCCUGGAGGUGGUGGCUUUGGCCAUGGAGUUGGUGGCUUUGGCCCUGGAGGUGGCAGCGGGUUACCCAGGGUGAUAGAGGACAGGCUGGACGGUCAUCUGAGGGACCUUGAGAGGUGGGUGAACAGCACAAUGCAGCACACAAAGGAGACAGAGAAAGACCUGAAGGCCUACUUCAACCGUGAGCUGGGUGACCUCCGGACCGUGUUCCUGGACCGUUUCGACGACCAGGGAUACCGCAUCGGCGACAUAGAGCUAGACGUGGGCAUUGUAAAGGACCUUGUGUCGGACCACGACAAGAAUGUGACCCGCCUGGCGAACUCCACGGCACUACUAGACAAGAGUCUGACUGACUGUGGCUGUGGAGGAACAGGAGGAGGAGGAGGAGUUGGAGGAGGUGGAAGAGAAGAUGGAGGAGGAAGUAGAGGAACCGGAGGAACAGGGGGAAUGGGAGGAAGAGGAUCUGAAGGUGGGGCAGGGGAAGGAGGAAGGGGAAAUACAGGAGGAACAGGACCUGAAGGAAGGAGAGAUGGAGGAAGUGGAGGAACAGGGGGAACCGGAGGAGGAUGGGGAGGAGCUGGAGGGGACGGAGGAAAUGAUUACGACGGAGACUCUGUGAAGUCUAUCACCUGGAGGGUGGUGGCCAAUGAAGACGAGAUCCGACGCUUUGACACGCGGAUCAAGGACCUGUCCGUCUCGGGCGACUCACUCAUGGACAAGGUGCUGGAUCUCAGCCACGACAUCCGCAAGAUCAAAGCCCUGACCGGAGACAAUGGCGAGCACUUCAACCGCAUCGUCACAGAAAUUGAGACGCUCGGGCGCUGCAUGGAUGACUGCGACGUCUGUGGAAGAGUGGAAGACGAGUUCAAGAAGCUGAAGAACCACACCCUGAACCGCUGGGAGAAGGACAUCAACGCCAUCCGGAACCGGGUGGAUUCCAACCAAAGCUUUUGCUCCACCCUACAGGAAGAGGUGGGGAAACUCCGGGAGGUGGUAGGGAAGUGUAGCGACCAGUGUAAGAUCCACCUGGAGACCCCAACAACAGGAGGUGGCACUGGAGGACGAGGUCUGGAUGAACCUGAUAAGCCCCUGGACGGCCACAGUGUGAUCGGAGGCACGUCCAACAACGGCCACCUCAAGUCCCUGCAGGGCGAGCUGUCCGAGGUCAUCCUGACCUUUAGCUCCAUCAAUGACACGCUGAGGGGCCUGGAGCACACAGUGCAGAAACAUGGCAGUGUCAUCACGGACCUGGGCAACACCAAGGACAAGAUCAUCUCUGAGCUGGACAAGAUACAGCAGGAGGUGACUGAGCACAUCGAGAAGAGCCGCGACCGCCUCGAUGGGGUGGAUCGCGACGUGCGACGUUUCGAGAGCACCCUAGUGGUGGAGGUGGGCGACUGCAAGCGAUCUGGCGACGGCCUGGAAAAGAGGCUGUUCAAGAUGGAGGGCGUGUGCGGACGGCUGGACGGCGUCUCCGACUCGCUCCAGAGGAUCAAGGAGGGGCUGACCAAGCACGUGUCGGGCCUGUGGAACUGUGUGAAUGGUCUGAACGCCACGGUCAUCUCCCAUGGAGGGAUCAUUGAGAGCAUCCAGACCACUCAGCUGGACGGGAUCCACGGGAAGAUCAAGAACCUCAACUCGUCCGUCAGUCACAUCCUCACGGAGUUCCAGAAUCUUUCGCAACAGGACCUGACCGGUGUGCAGUUGGUUAGAGGUUUGAAUGGCCUGCCUGGUCCUCCAGGUCCCUCUGGGGAGAGAGGGUUCCAAGGGCUGCCUGGUGCUAAGGGGCCCCAAGGCAGGGACGGACCCCCGGGCAGGCAGGGAGAGAACGGGCCCAGAGGAUCACCAGGCCUCAAAGGUGAACAAGGUAUGCCAGGUGCCGAUGCCAACGUGCCCAAGCUGUCCUUCUCUGCCGCUCUCACCUACCCCAUGCUUAGUGCUGGCACCAUCGUCUUCGACAAGAUCUUUGUCAACGAGGGAGAGUUCUAUGACCCGCGGACUGGCAUCUUCACGGCGCCCGUUGAUGGCCGCUACUUCUUCAGCGCAAUCCUGACUGGCCACAAGAACGAGAAGAUUGAGGCGGUGCUGUCCAAGUCCAACUACGGUAUGGCCCGUGUGGACUCCGGGGGAUACCAGCCAGAGGGACUGGAGAACAAGCCGGUAGCCGAGGCCAAGAUCACCCCGGGCUCCCUGGCUGUGUUCAACAUCAUCCUGCCCCUCCAGGCCGGAGACACAGUCUGCAUUGACCUGGUCAUGGGCAAGCUGGCCCACUCUGUAGAGCCUCUCACCAUCUUCAGUGGAAUGCUGCUGUAUGAACAUAUGUAAGCCAAAACCCCCUUAGGUUGUCCAUCUGGAACAUAAGAGAGGGAGAGGAAGGAAGAAACGGAAGAAGGACGAGGGAAGAAGAAAGUUAGAGAAGAGAGGGUCUGGGGUUGGUCCCCAUUCUGGACUGUUUAGACUCACAGUUUGAAUUGACAACCGCUUUUCAAAGCAAAACGACAGGGUCCAGAGAUGGAAUUACUUUAUAUCAACUCGCGAAACACGGGAACGAACGACAACUAGGAGACGACUACAACGACAGAAAAGUGUUGUGUUUCUCCCUCUGUGUGUCAUUCCUGGCCCUCUGAUGUUGUGAGACCUGAUGAACUGCUUGAACAAACACAGGAUGUACUAUAAACUAAGUAGCAGACUGAGAGACUUCGCCCUUCAUUUUUUUUAACCUAGCUCAUCCAGUAUUUGGAGAAGUGUUUUUCACACCAAAUGUGUUGCUACUACUGCAGGAUUUUUCUAUGGUUAUUCUUAUUAAUAUGUCCCUGUUUCUAUAUUACUCACUCCAGGCACGGGGCUCAGCGUACAGUAGUCCUCAGUGCACCACUGCCGACCAUAAGGUCUGCUUUACAUCCCACCUUUGCUGCAAAGUGUUUCCCUGCCAAUGAACCAGACCCACUGUCAAGGUCUGAGGUUAACCGGAAGUUAGGAAUAGGGAGGAGAACCUGGAAUGAGAAAUUCCUUGCUUGAUUUUCUAUAGCUGAUUUCUAUGGUGAUAAAUUCACAUUUUGUGAUUUUAAUGUUAUCGUGCACCUUUUGCCUCCUUGUCUCUCCGUUCUGUAAUGCCUUUGGCCUGGCGAUCCAAAGCUUGGCCUUGUUGACGAUAUUGCUACAGCUUAAGUGUGUUAUACUGGUGGUUCCCAAAGACUUUUAUGUGCCCUACGUGACCUAGCCAAAUGUGCCAUCCGUGACCUAGCUAAAUGUGCCGUCCGUGACCUAGCUAAAUGUGCCGUCCGUGACCUAGCUAAAUGUGUUGUCCGUGACCUAGCUAAAUGUGCCGUCAAUGACCUAGCUAAAUGUGUUGUCCGUGACCUAGCUAAAUGUGUUGCCCGUGACCUAGCUAAAUGUGCCGCCCGUGACCUAGCUAAAUGUGCCGUCCGUGACCUAGCUAAAUGUGUUGUCCGUGACCUAGCUAAAUGUGCUGCCCGUGACCUAGCUAAAUGUGCUGUCCGUGACCUAGCUAAAUGUGUUGUCCGUGACCUAGCUAAAUGUGCCGUCCGUGACCUAGCUAAAUGUGUUGUCCGUGACCUAGCUAAAUCUGCCAUCUGUGACCUAGCUAAAUGCAUUGUCCCUGACCUAGCUAAAUGUGCCAUCUGUGACAUAGCUAAAUGCAUUGUCCCUGACCUAGCUAAAUGUGUUGUCCGUGACCUAGCUAAAUGUGCCGUCCGUGACCUAGCUAAAUGUGUUGUCCGUGACCUAGCUAAAUGUGCCGUCAAUGACCUAGCUAAAUGUGUUGUCCGUGACCUAGCUAAAUGUGUUGCCCGUGACCUAGCUAAAUGUGCCGCCCGUGACCUAGCUAAAUGUGCCGUCCGUGACCUAGCUAAAUGUGUUGUCCGUGACCUAGCUAAAUGUGCUGCCCGUGACCUAGCUAAAUGUGCUGUCCGUGACCUAGCUAAAUGUGUUGUCCGUGACCUAGCUAAAUGUGCCGUCCGUGACCUAGCUAAAUGUGUUGUCCGUGACCUAGCUAAAUCUGCCAUCUGUGACCUAGCUAAAUGCAUUGUCCCUGACCUAGCUAAAUGUGCCAUCUGUGACAUAGCUAAAUGCAUUGUCCCUGACCUAGCUAAAUGUGUUGUCCGUGACCUAGCUAAAUGUGCUGUCCGUGACCUAGAUAAAUGUGUUGUCCCUGACCUUGCUAAAUGUGUUGUCCAUGACCUAGCUAAAUGUGUUGUCCAUGACCUAGCUAAAUGUGCCGCCUGUGACCUAGCUAAAUGUGUUGUCCGUGACCUAGCUAAAUGUGUUGUCCGUGACCUAGCUAAAUGUGCUGUCCGUGACCUAGCUAAAUGUGUUGUCCCUGACCUUGCUAAAUGUGUUGUCCAUGACCUAGCUAAAUGUGCCGUCUGUGACCUAGCUAAAUGUGUUGUCCGUGACCUAGCUAAAUGUGCCAUUUGUGACCUAGCUAAAUGUGCCCUCCAUGACCUAAAGCCUUCAGACAUGUCUUGCCAUGCUCCAGAUGAAUGAAAACAUGUUCAUACCCCAGACCCAGACCCAGCCUUAACCACAACCAAGUAGGAAUUUGCCUCAACCAAGCAGAAGGAAGCCCUGUCUUAUACCCCAGUACAGAAGGAAGCCCUGCCUUAUACCCCAGUACAGAAGGAAGCUCUGCCUUAUACCCUAGUACAGAAGGAAGCCCUGCCUUAUACCCCAGUACAGAGGGAAGCCCUGCCUUAUACCCCAGUACAGAAGGAAGCCCUGCCUUAUACCCCAGUGCAGAAGGAAGCCCUGCCUUAUACCCCAGUACAGAAGGAAACUCUGCCUUAUACCCCAGUACAGAAGGAAGCCCUGCCUUAUACCCCAGUACAGAAGGAAGCCCUGCCUUAUACCCCAGUACAGAAGGAAGCCCUGCCUUAUACCCCAGUAUAGAAGGAAGCCCUGCCUUAUACCCCAGUACAGAAGGAAGCUCUGCCUUAUACCCCAGUACAGAAGGAAACUGCCUUAUACCCCAGUACAGAAUGAAGCCCUGCCUUAUACCCCAGUACAGAAGGAAGCCCUACCUUAUACCCCAGUACAGAAUGAAACCCUGCCUUAUACCCCAGUACAGGAUGACCACAUGGCCUAUAGAUCCUUUAUUACAUCAUUAGAGGGAAUCAGGUGAUGUGACUCAACAAUCUUCAACCUAACACAGAGUCACACCCCAAAGUGUGAGAAAGUCAGUCUGAAAUCCUCAGUGACCAGGCAGGAGGGAGUAUCACACCUCCCCCCCCCCCCCCGAACCCGAAUCCCCCCAUUUCUCCCUUAGGCACACGAUGUGUUGAACGGCUGCCAAGGGCCACAACGAGUGAGCGGAUCAUAAACAGAGCGAUGUGCUCGCUCUCUAAGAGGCCCCGGUGGACGUCAUUAAUCGAGGCACAGUGAAGUGUUUACACAGGACGAUAAAUAAGAAGCUCUCUCUGACAGCAGGGGAUGAUUACUUGGUCAUGUCUGUCGGCCCCCCAAUGGCCCAAUGAUGCAGUGGAAUAGUUACAGGCCUUCUAAUGGCCCAUUGAUACAGAGGACUAGGUUCUCUAAUGGCCCAGUGAUCCAGAGGUCUAGGUUUUCUAAUGGCCCAGUGAUACAGACCGGGCAAGAUGCAACAAUGAGGAUCUUUCAGAGCAGGGCAGCUGCAGCAAUGAGGAUCUUUCAGACCGGGCCAGAUGCAACAGUGAGGGUCUUUCAGAGCAGGGCAGAUGCAACAAUGAGGGUCUUUCAGAGCAGGGCAGCUGCAGCAAUGAGGAUCUUUCAGAGCAGGGCAGCAAUGAGGAUCUUUCAGAGCAGGGCAGCAAUGAGGAUCUUUCAGAGCAGGGCAGCAAUGAGGAUCUUUCAGAGCAGGGCAGCAAUGAGGAUCUUUCAGAGCAGGGCAG